CGCGCUUGGCUGCCGCUCCGAGAGACCCCCCCCCACGAACCCCCCGCCAGGUAAGGCGACUCCAGGUGUCUUUCUGAGGAUGCCGGACACCUGCCAGGGUCCAGACCGGCCCGGCCCCCUGGUGACCCUGAACGUGGGUGGGAAGCUCUACAGCACCACUCUGGAAACCCUGACCCGCGUCCCCGACUCCAUGCUGGGCGCCAUGUUCCGGGAUCCCCAGCCGGCCCUCCUGGACAGCUGUGGGAACUACUUCAUCGACCGCGACGGCAAGACUUUCCGCCACGUCCUGAAUUUCCUCCGUUUCGGCCGGCUGGACCUUCCGGAGGGCUACGCCGAGCUUUCCCUGCUGCGGGCCGAAGCCGACUUCUACCAGAUCCGUCCGCUUCUGCAUCAGCUGCAGCGGGUGGAGGCGGAGCGGUGGCGCCAACGGAGCAACGCGGUGCUCCACGCCGACGUGGACCUGAACUCCCGCCGGCUGCAUUUCAACGUGCGCCGCGGACCCCAGAACUACGAGCUCAGCUCUUGCACCGUGGAGAUCUUCACCGCAAACGUCUUCUGCACAGACAGGCACUUUCUGGCCGUUCUGCGUAGAUACCUGGGCCGCCUUGACUGUGCCAACGGGAAUGUGGAGGAAGGGUCUCCUAAUGGAAAGCCAGACCCGUCCCGGAGAGGCCUGGGGCUUCCCAAAGCUCAGGCAGCUAUCCGGGAACCCGGAGGGUGGAAGCAUUGGUUUCCCAACGGCGAUCGGGGAAUUUGUCUGGGCGACUCCACGGACGAAGAUGUGGAGACGGAUGACGAGAUGCCAGAUGGUUCAUCGGGAAAUUGCCUCGUGGAAACCACCGCGUGCCACCACCUCUGCUUGGAGUGGGCCCCGUGUCCAGCGGCUCUGCCGGCUGCGGAGUACGCCAAGCAGAAGUUGCGCCGCCUGUGGGUGGACGGGCGAGAGAUCCGAUCCUCCAACGAAUUUCUGGAAGAGGUGUUGAAGGUGGCCUUGGCCCAGGGCUUCCGAGUGGAUUCGGUCUUCCCUGACCCGGCCGAUAUCCUGAACGCUCGUUCGUUGCGUUUUGUGCGACACUGAAUAGCUGAGCCCAAUGUCGGGGCAGAGGCAGCCCGUGGCAGCAGCCGACUCUCCCUCCAGUUGGACCGAGAGGGUAAGGAGUGUUUGUCUGAAACGGUACUGGGUUUGUUUGUCUGAAAUGGUGUAGGUUUCCUGACUAAACAGGGUAUUGGACUAGAACAGGGCUCCCCAACCUAGGUCUGUGGCCCGGUACCGGGCCAUGGCCUGUUGGCCACCGGGCACUGGGACUAGCUGGCAAGGGCCCUCCACUCGCGGUAGCCCUGCAACUCAGAAGCCCGGACACUUGACGGAGGAAAGGAAAGCACACGCUCUCUUAAGCGGUGGUUUGCUUAACCGUGUUUAUUGCGUCAACUUGGCAAAGCCGGUUGGCUUUGUUGUGUCAUUAUGCCACAAGCCGGCGUGGGUGGAUUCACGCAGCACCUUAAUCAAACAAACCUUAUUCUCUGCCUUGGCCCGAGGUCUAAAUCCCUGGCAACGGGGCCAGGUUCUUGACCUGAAAGGGCUUUAAAAGUGGGGUGACCCCUCGGCCCAGGAACGAAGAGGGGGUAGGGUGGAGAGGGGGCUUCUCCUGAGACCUGGCAGCCAGAGCUGAUUUGCAGGGGAUGGGCAUCUCCUGGGAGAAUCAAGCAGCCUUUUGAAGAGGCAAAACUGG